AUGGCUUUGCCCAGCCACGUCCUGGCCGCCCUGGUCCUGCUCCUGGCAGGGUCCCCGAGCUGGGCCUGGGGCCCCAGCCACUGCAGGGCCCCCCGCGAGGCCGUGUGCAACUUCGUGUGUGACUGCAGAGGCUGCCCCGACGAGGCCCAGUGCGGUUACCACGGGGCCUCAUCCGCCCUGGGCGCCCCCUUCGCCUGUGACUUCGAGCAGGACUUCUGUGGCUGGCGGGACAUCAGCACCUCAGGCUACAGCUGGCUCCGAGACCGGGCGGGGGCCGCACCCGGGGCUCCGGGGCCACGCUCGGACCACACUCUGGGAACUGACCUCGGCUGGUACGCGGCUGUCGGCACACACCGUGGGAAAGAGGCGGCCGCCGCGGCCCUGCGCUCCCCCAUUCUGCGCGAGGCAGCCCCCUCCUGUGAGCUGAGGCUCUGGUACCACACAGCCUCGGGAGAUGCGGCCGAGCUGCGGCUGGAGCUGACCCACGGUGCAGAGACGCUGAGCCUGUGGCGGAGCUCCGGGCCUUGGGGCCCAGGCUGGCAGGAGCUGGUGGUGCCCACCGGCCGCAUCCAGGGUGCCUUCAGGGUGACCUUCUCUGCCACCCGCAACGCCACCCACAGGGGCGCUGUGGCCUUGGAUGACGUAGCCUUCUGGCGCUGUGGGCUGCCCACCCCCCAGGCACGCUGCCCCUUGGGGCAUCACCAUUGCCAGAACAAGGCCUGCGUGGAGCCCCACCAGCUGUGUGACGGGGAGGACAACUGUGGGGACCGGUCCGAUGAGGACACAGCCGCCUGCAGCCACCACACGGCCACCGAUUUUGAGACGGGCCUGGGCCCGUGGAACCACUCGGAGGGCUGGGCCCGGAACCACAGUGCGGGCGGCCCCCGGCACCCGGCCUGGCCGCGCAGUGACCACAGCCGGAACAGUGCACGUGGCUUCUUCCUCGCGUCCGUGGCUGAGCCCAGCACCCCGGCCGUCCUCUCCAGCCCCGAGUUCCAGGCCUCGGCCCCCCACAACUGCUCGCUCACCUUCUAUCACUACCUGCACGGGUCCGCAUCCGGCUGCCUCCAGGUGUUCCUGCACACGGGGCGCCCUGGCACCCCCCAAGCCCCCGUCCUGCUGCGCAGGCGCCACGGGGAGCUGGGGGCUGCCUGGGUCCGAGAUCGCGUGGACCUCCAGAGCGAGCACCCCUUUCGGAUCCUCCUGGCCGGGCAGACAGGCCCGGGGGGCGUCGUGGGCCUGGAUGACCUCAUCCUGUCCGACGGCUGCAGACCGGUCGGAGGUGAGCCUUCUGGGCGUCCCUCUCCUCGGGAGCCGCACAGCCCCGCCCUCCUGACCCCUGCUCCGCCCCAGCAGAGGCGGCCGGCCCACCCCUGGAACUUCUGCGAGCCCGGACACCUCUCCUGUGAGGAGCUGUGCGUCCCCCCGGAGCAGCUGUGUGACUUCCAGCGGCAGUGCCCGGGCGGCGAGGACGAGCAGGAGUGUGGCACCACGGACUUCGAGUCCCCCUCGGCCGGGGGCUGGGAGGACGCCAGCGUGGGGCGGCUGCAGUGGGUGCGUCGCCCGGCCCGGGACCGCAGGAGCCCUGGCGCGGACGCCCGCUGGGCUGCUGGGCACUUCCUGUCCGUGCAGAGGGCCUGGGGGCAGCUGGCAGAGGAGGCCCGGGUCCUCACGCCCCCCCUGGGCCCCUCGGGCCCCCACUGCCAACUCCACGUGGCUUACCAUUUUCAGAGUCGCCCCCAAGAGGUCUCCUGUAACUUUGAGCGGGGCACCUGCGGCUGGCACACCGGCCACCUCACAGACGCCCACUGGCGCUGGGUCUCGAGCCGCGGCCCUGGGUACGACCACACCACGGGCCAAGGCUCCUUCAUGCUCCUAGACCCCACGGACCCCCCGGCCCAGGGCCCCGGGGCGCACCUGCUCACCUGGCCCCAGGUGCCCACAGCCGCUCAGGAGUGCCUCUCGUUCUGGUACCACCUCUACGGGCCCCAGACGGGGACCCUGCGCCUGGCGAUGAGGCGGGAAGGGGAGGCAGAAACGCACCUGUGGUCGCGGUCCGGCACCCACGGCAACCGCUGGCAUGAGGCCUGGGCCACCCUCCACCACCAGCAGGACUCCGGCGCCAAGUAUCAACUGCUGUUCGAGGGCCUCCGGGACGGGUACCACGGCACCAUGGCGCUGGACGACGUGGCCGUGCGGCCCGGGCCGUGCUGGGCCCCCAAGCGCUGCUCCUUCGAGGACUCGGCCUGUGGCUUCUCCACGGGGGGCCGGGGCCUCUGGACACGCCAGGCCAACGCCUCGGGCCACGCCGCCUGGGGCCCUCGGGCUGACCACACCACUGAGACGGCUCAGGGGCACUACAUGGUGGUGGACACAAGCCCGCAGGCCCUGCCCCGUGGCCGCGUGGCUUCCCUGACUUCAGAGGCGCACAGGCCGCUGGCCCAGCCUGCCUGCCUGACCUUCUGGUACCACCUGAGCCUCCGCAACCCAGGCGCCCUGCGGGUCCACGUGGAGGAGGCCGGGAGGCGGCCGGCGCUCAGCAUCAGCUCCCGGGGAGGGUCCGCCUGGCGCCUGGGCAGCGUGGACGUGCAGGCCGAGCGGCCCUGGCGGGUGGUGUUCGAGGCCGUGGCCGCCGGCGUGGAGCACUCCUACAUCGCGCUGGAUGACCUGCUGCUCCAGGACGGGCCCUGCCCUCGGCCAGCGUCCUGUGACUUUGAGGCUGGUCUGUGCGGUUGGAACCACCUGCCCUGGCCUGGCCUGGGCGGGUACAGCUGGGACUGGAGCAGUGGAGCCACGCCCUCCCGCUACCCCCAGCCCCGCGUGGACCACACCCUGGGCACAGAGGCAGGCCACUUUGCUCUCUUCGAGACGGGCGUGCUGGGCCCGGGGGGCCGGGCGGCCUGGCUGCGCAGCCAGCCACUGCCCGCCACCCAGGCCUCCUGCCUCCGCUUCUGGUACCACAUGGGCUUUCCCGAGCACUUCUACAAGGGCGAGCUGAGGGUGCUCCUGAGCAGCGCCCGGGGGCAGCUGGCCGUGUGGGGCGCGGGCGGGCGCCUGCGGCACCAGUGGCUGGAAGGCCAGGUGGAGGUGGCCAGCGCCGAGGAGUUCCAGAUCGUGUUUGAAGCCACCCUGGGCGGCCAGCCGGCCCUGGGGCCCAUCGCCCUGGAUGAUGUGGAGUAUCUGGCCGGGCAACGCUGCCAGCCGCCCACACCCAGCCAGGGGGACACGGCAGUGGCCACAUCGGUGCCAGCCGUGGUCAGCGGCACCCUCCUCCUCCUCGUGCUGCUGGGGCUGCUGGGGCUCGUGGGGCGGCGCUGGCUGCAGAAGAAGGGGGGCUGUCCUUCCCAGGGCGAGACGGACACCGUGGCCCCCGGCUUUGACAACAUUCUCUUCAAUGCGGACCACGUCACCCUGCCAGCAUCCGUCACCAACGACCAGUAGACAACCCAGAGAAGACCCUGGCUCCUCAC